CCCCAUCCGAGCCCCAUGACAUCGAAGGCUUUUCCCAUCAAGUGUCUGACCAGUAUAACCCUGGUCUAACCAAUCAUCAUCAUCUCCUAUGCGGCGCGGCACAGACCCUAGGCUUUACUUUUGCCGACACCGGCUCUUUCCGACAGGAUUUGGAAACAUUCACAAAUACGGGGUAUGCUAUUAUGUACGGAGUACUUGUACGUAUAAUCAGGCUGCAAAGGAACUUAUUGUUAUUAUUGUAUUUCUGCCUGAUUCAUUUACCACUCGGAGUGCCCGUCCCCCGGGCGUUUACCGGGCGUUUAUCCCCGCCGGGAAGCCAAGAGCAAGACCGCCGCCGCAUCCAGUGAAGGUUGGCCGAGAAAUCACCGUUUUAAGCUUGAAACGAAUGGUCUCCAUUUGCCUAAUUGCCCUCCGUGCGCUGCCCAUGUGUGCACACGCACAUGUAUGUAAUCAUGGCUGUGUUCUUGGGUUCUUGGGUUCUUGGGUUCUUGUGCUCUGGUUGUUACUUGUUGGGGUCCCCGGAGUCCCUGAUACAUUUCAUCCGCAUCCAAUCGCCUUCUUUACCAACUGUUGGUUGUAACACGUUAACCGACCAAGAAUAACUCUUAGUGAUUCUUACAUGAUGCCAUCCACGAAUCCUUUGACCCUUAGUUUCUUGGAUUCUGGGUCCGGCCAAGACACGCGCUAAGUCAUGGGGGGAAUAUGGAGAACAUAUAAGAGAUUGCUCCAUCCUGGAGUAAUCCACUCUCUUUCUUUCUUUUUUUUUUUCCCCCUUCCUCUUCUCCCUCUCCUCUAUGCUUUAUUGAUUUCAUUCUUUGUCCUCAUACCGUCAAUAUGUGGACAACCACCUGCGGCUUGAAAGGGCGGACGCUCCGGGUGAGCAUCACCAUCACCGCCGUUAUGGGUUUCUCGCUCUUCGGCUACAAUCAGGGC